AGUAUCCCCAAGUUCAAUCUCUGGUACCAAAAAAAGAAAGGAUACAUUGUGCUGCUUGGGUCCCCUUAGGUAUGCCUGUGUCUGUCUCAGCAGGCAUCCAUUGAUCUGGGUCUCUGACCAUGCAUUUGAACCACGCUGUACACUGGGGCACAUUGUGUGUCCGGGUGAAUCAGUGUGUAUUGUGAAUCAUCCUCAUGAGCAUGUGCGUUGGCAUGGCCAUGCACUGCGAUGUGUGUCAGUGUGUGUUUCUCUAUGAGUUGUGUGGCCGGGGGCUGCCAUGGCCAUGUGCCUAGGUGUUGUGUGUUUGUGUGUACUGGGUGUCGCUACAUGGGUGUGUGGCGUGCGGAACACCACGAGUGCCUUGUAUGUGUUGGGUGUAGUGGCGUUUGGGUAUCACUGUGUCAAUACGUAUUGUGUGUUUGUGUAGUGCUUGUUGUGUUUGUAUGGCUACAGAUAGGCAUUGCCCUAGGUGUGAUGUCUGGGUGUGACUGUGUCAGAGAAUAUUGUGGCAGUUUUGAAUGUAAUGCUUGUGCUUGUGUGGGGACAAUAUUUGGGUGGCCGUGUGGGCCAGGGACACUGCCUGCCUUGCUAAGUGCCGGCGUGUGUCACACCAUGUGUGUGGUGUCUGGGUGUGGCUGCAGAUUUCAGUUUGUGGGGAGUUGUGAGUCACUCUGAAGGUUGUGUCGCCGGCCCCAGUGUGUUAGGCUCCCUCUCCGGCCGGGGGUGUCCUGUGGUGUCUGGGUGUGGUGGGUGUAGGUGGUAUCACAAGGUGCAGACCGUUCUGGUCACAGCCCCUGUGUGGCAGUGUGUGUCUCUCCCACGUGGAUGGAUGCCUCUUUCUAGCUCUGCCCCAAGACACACCCCAGCCCCUCCUUAGUCUGGAAAGGGGGGUUGGGGAGCCUCCCCCUACCCAGGGACCUCCCCUGCCCCUCCCCGCCCUGCCCAGCCGCCAACGUUACCACUCCCCAGAGGGCACAGGGCUCCGCGGUGCCUCGGAGCCAAAGCCCCAGUGCGAGCAGAGCCGGCCGCCCGCCUGGAAGCCAAAGUGGCUGCCAUUUGCGUAUUACGAGGUGGGGGACCCUGGGCAGGAAGCUGGCUGAGCCCCAAGACCUCAGGGGCCAUGGGCGGGGAGCUGGUGUCUGGCCUGGGGGCCCUGCGGCGGCGAAAGCGCCUGCUGGAGCAGGAGAAGUGGCUGGCCGGCUGGGCGCUGGCGCUGGCGGGAAUUGGCAUCGGACUCAUGGUGCUGCACGCGGAGAUGCUGUGGUUUGGGGGGUGCCCGUGGGCCCUCUACCUAUUCCUGGUCAAGUGCAUGAUCAGCAUUUCCACCAUCUUGCUCCUCUGCCUGAUCGUGGCCUUCCAUGCCAAAGAGAUCCAGUUGUUCAUGACUGACAACGGGCUCCGGGACUGGCGCGUGGCGCUGACUCCGCGGCAGGCGGCGCAGAUCGUGCUGGAGCUGGCGGUGUGCGGGCUGCACCCUGCACCCUUGCGGGGCCCGCCGUGCGCGACGGGGUCGGGCGAGAAGGGGACGCAGCCCUGGCCGGGCUUCCUGGGCGAGGGGGAGGCGCUGCUGUCACUAGCCAUGCUGCUGCGCCUCUACCUGGUGCCCCGCGCGGUCCUCCUGCGCAGCGGCGUCCUGCUCAACGCGUCCUACCGCAGCAUCGGUGCUCUCAACCAGGUCCGCUUCCGCCACUGGUUCGUGGCCAAGCUGUACAUGAACACGCACCCGGGCCGCCUGCUGCUCGGCCUCACGCUUGGCCUCUGGCUCACCACAGCCUGGGUGCUCUCGGUGGCGGAGAGGCAGGCUGUUAAUGCCACUGGGCACCUCUCAGACACAUUGUGGCUGAUCCCCAUCACGUUCCUGACCAUUGGCUAUGGGGAUGUGGUGCCAGGUACCAUGUGGGGCAAGAUUGUCUGUCUCUGCACUGGAGUUAUGGGGGUGUGCUGCACAGCCCUGCUGGUGGCCGUGGUGGCCCGGAAGCUAGAGUUUAACAAGGCCGAGAAGCACGUGCACAACUUCAUGAUGGACAUCCAUUAUGCCAAAGAGAUGAAGGAGUCAGCUGCCCGCCUGCUGCAGGAGGCCUGGAUGUACUACAAACACACGCGCAGGAAGGACUCCAGGGCUGCCCGCAGGCAUCAGCGCAAGCUGCUGGCCGCCAUCCACACGUUCCGACAGGUGCGGCUGAAACACCGAAAGCUCCGAGAGCAAGUGAACUCCAUGGUGGACAUCUCCAAGAUGCACAUGAUCCUGUGUGACCUGCAGCUGGGCCUGAGCAGCUCGCACCGGGCCCUGGAGAAGCGGAUCGAUGCCUUGGCAGGGAAACUGGACGCCCUGACCGAGCUGCUGGGCACUGCCCUGGGGCCACAGCAGCUCCCAGAAGCCAGUCAGGAGGCCACGUAGCUGGAUCCAUGGAGGACAAUCAGGCUCCUUUCCCAAGAUGGAGGUCAAGGGCAUCCUCCCUGCCACUCCUGACCUAGCCCUGUGAAGAAAAUACCUCAAGGUGUGAGGACUAAUGGGGGCCGCCUUGGGUGGGUUGACUUUCCGAUGGCAGGAGCCCUCAGGGGAUGCGGCUGAAGGGGAAGCCUUGGACCUCCAGAGACCCCAGAUGGGAACAUGGCCAGCACUACCCCACACGCCCUCAUCAGGACCACUCUCACUGUGCUGCUAUAGAGGACCUCUGGCUUUCGGUUAGAAGUGGAGGUACCUGCGCCUCCCCACCCACUCCAGCUCUCCAGGGAGAAGGGCAGGAAGGGCCCAGAGUCCAGGGUGCUAGGAGGCUUCAGUUACCGCUGGACGGAAGAGCUGAAGGAACCGGGUCUGAGAGGCAGGGGGCGGCGCCCCCUGGCGGACAGCAAAGAGGACACUAUUUUUUCCAGAGCUGCAGAGAAUACCUGGUGGGGAGGAAUGGCGAGGGGCACACAACUCACCGAUCUCUGCUCUUAUACUUUGUAAUAAAUGUUAAACAAAGCCAGAA